AUGCCCCCUCCAUUCCCUACAAAUGCCCCCUCCAUUCCCCACCAAUGUCCCCUUCAUUCCCCACCAAUGCCCCCUCCAUUCCCCAUCAAUAUCCCCUCCAUUCCCCACCAAUGUCCCCUUCAUUCCCCACAAAUGCCCCCUCCAUUCCCCACUAAUGCUCUCUCCAUUCCCCACAAAUGCCCCCUCCAUUCCCUACAAAUGCCCCCUCCAUUCCCCACCAAUGUCCCCUUCAUUCCCCACCAAUGCCCCCUCCAUUCCCCAUCAAUAUCCCCUCCAUUCCCCACCAAUGUCCCCUUCAUUCCCCACAAAUGCCCCCUCCAUUCCCCACUAAUGCUCUCUCCAUUCCCCACAAAUGCCCCCUCCAUUCCCUACAAAUGCCCCCUCCAUUCCCCACCAAUGUCCCCUUCAUUCCCCACCAAUGCCCCCUCCAUUCCCCACCAAUAUCCCCUCCAUUCCCCACUAAUGCUCUCUCCAUUCCCCACAAAUGCCCCCUCCAUUCCCUACAAAUGCCCCCUCCAUUCCCCACCAAUGUCCCCUUCAUUCCCCACCAAUGCCCCCUCCAUUCCCCACCAAUAUCCCCUCCAUUCCCCACUAAUGCUCUCUCCAUUCCCCACAAAUGCCCCCUCCAUUCCCUACAAAUGCCCCCUCCAUUCCCCACCAAUGUCCCCUUCAUUCCCCACCAAUGCCCCCUCCAUUCCCCACCAAUAUCCCCUCCAUUCCCCACUAAUGUCCCCUCCAUUCCCCACCAAUGUUCCCUCCAUUCCCCAUCAAUGCCCCCUCCAUUCCCCACCUAUGUCCCCUCCAUUCCCCAUCAAUGUCCCCUCCAUUCCCCACCAAUGUCCCCUCCAUUCCCCAUCAAUGCCCCCUCCAUUCCCCACCUAUGUCCCCUCCAUUCCCCAUCAAUGUCCCCUCCAUUCCCCACUUAUGUCCCCUCCAUUCCCCACCAAUGUUCCCUCCAUUCCCCAUCAAUGCCCCCUCCAUUCCCCACCUAUGUCCCCUCCAUUCCCCAUCAAUGUCCCCUCCAUUCCCCACCAAUGUCCCCUCCAUUCCCCAUCAAUGCCCCCUCCAUUCCCCACCUAUGUUCCCUCCAUUCCCCACCAAUGCUCCCUCCAUUCCCCACCAAUGCCCCCUCCAUUCCUCACCUAUGUCCCCUCCAUUCCCCACCAAUGUCCCCUCCAUUCCCCACAAAUGUCCCCUCCAUUCCCCACAAAUGCUCCCUCCAUUCCCCACAAAUGCCCCCUCCAUUCCUCACCAAUGCACCCUCCAUUCCCCACCAAUACCCCCUCCAUUCCCCACCAAUGCUCCCUCCAUUCCCCACCAAUGCACCCUCCAUUCCCCACCAAUGCCCCCUCCAUUCCCCACCAAUAUCCCUUCCAUUUAAAUCAAUAA